CAGAGAGGUGCAGAGGGAACACCAGCCGGGAUAUAGGAUGCCUCGGAGAUAGCCGAGCCCAAUGACGCAACGGGUUUACUCAAUACAGCUUGAAAGUGUGAGGGACAGGAUAAUACUUGCAGGGUUUCCCACGUCUCCUAUGACAAAACGCAGGCUGAUCACUUGGAAACUGACAGAUAUAACGUGACAGGCUCACAGAACCUCCUCGGACUUCUGGAAACAAGCUUCUCCGGAUGGACCAACACACUUUCAUGAUGGCAUACUUUGUAUUACUUUUUCUACCUUGUGUUUUCAGUACAAGGGGGCGCAUACUGUCUGCUGGGUAUGAAUCCAUGAUCUCACAUGUGCCAUACAGCGGGAUCCGGAAAGUUCUAACAACAGACAACAAAGAAUGUAAAUUCCCAUUUCGUCAGGGGGGAAGAAUUCAUCACCACUGCCUCACCAUCCGGUCCUCAAAACCCUGGUGCUCCCUCACUCAUAAUUUCGAUCGGGACCUGCAGUACGGUUUCUGUGGGCCACAGAAAAUUAUUCCAAAUGUUUCUAUCCACACGUCGCGCAGAAUCACAGAUCCAUGUCAGGUGACCCUCUGUCAGAAUGGAGGGGUCUGCACACGGAUCCCACACACUACGUCUGCUGAGUGCUCCUGUCCGGAGAGCUUCACUGGCACACACUGUGAGCACAAGAAGUGCUAUGAAAUGGUACACCUGCACUAUUAUGACACCGGAGACACUUGGGGACGAAUUCACCUCCGUAAUGUGGAACAGUGCACAUGUGUGGCGGGGGAAAUCCAGUGUGAAAGAGUCCGCUACACAAUGUGCCGUUCAAACCCUUGUCAGAACGACGGGACGUGCCGACGGAUCACAGCCACCCGAAAGGAGGUGUGUAACUGCAGGUGGGGCUACGGCGGUCCCCACUGCAGCGUCGAGCCGGAGUCAGAGUGCUACACCGGCAGGGGCACAGGUUACAGAGGGGUGGUGGACACGACGGUGUCCGGCGCCCGCUGUAUGGCCUGGAACUCAGACCUGCUGUACGAUGAGCUGCACGUGGGCACGGUGGACGACUCGCCCCGCAAAGGCCUCGGGAAUCAUGCCUACUGCAGAAACCCAGAUAAAGACAAGAUGCCGUGGUGCUACACGCUAGAUAACGGCGCCAUCUCCUGGGAGUACUGUGACGUCCCCGCCUGUGUGAUGUCUGUGUGGGAGAAUCAGCCUGUGACACACAAGCAAAUAUUCAGAAGAGCCUUUUCACGAAGGAUUAUCCCAUUUAAUGUCCCGAAGCCUUCCAAUCCCGGCAAAAAGCAUGUGUGUGGGAAAAGGCACGAGAAGAGGUUAUCGAUAGCCAGGGGCCGGAUAAUGGGCGGGAACUCAGCGCUGCCAGGGACUCACCCCUGGAUGGCAGCCAUUUACAUCGGAGAGUCAGACUUCUGCGCCGGCACUCUGGUCUCCUCCUGCUGGAUCGUCUCUGCCGCUCACUGCUUCUUCCGCAACCCCCUGAAGUCUCAGCUGAGGGUGGUGCUCGGCCAGCAGAGGUUCAACGUCACGGGUCCAAACACCAGGACGUUCGGAGUGCAGGAGUACAUCUUUCCAAAACAGUUCUCAGUGUUUAAUCCAACACUAUAUGACAUUGUUCUGAUUAAGCUGGCGAAGCAGGACGGGCGGUGCGUGAGGAAAACUCCGUUCAUCAGACCCAUCUGUCUCCCGGACAAAAGCAUGGCGUUCCCUGAUCACUCCUGCUGUACCAUCAGCGGCUGGGGACACAUGAGUGAGAAGGCAGAGGGUUACUCUAGUCUGCAGGAGGUUGGAGUGAGACUGAUUCCUCAUGACGCUUGUAGGAAGCCAAAUGUUUAUGGCAACCAUGUCACUGCUGACAUGAUUUGUGCGGGGCUGAACGGCUGUGCGGACGCCUGCCAGGGCGACUCGGGGGGCCCUCUGGCCUGUGCGCACCAUGAUGUCAGCUUCCUGUAUGGCAUCACCAGCUGGGGAGAGGGCUGCGGCCGCUCCGAAAAACCCGGUGUUUACACUAAAGUGACGAACUAUAUCGAUUGGAUCAAUUCAGUGAUCACACGCAAACCCAAGGCUUUGUGAAUUGAUGUUACCUGGAUAAUAGCUUUAAUAUAUAAUAUUUUGUACUUUAUUUUAUUGUUUUAUAUUUAUAAUGCUUGUGGAAGUUUAUAGAUUAUCUUUUUUAACUGUGAAACACUUUGUGACUGAAUAAACCUUU